GGGGCUGGGACCGGGCAGCGGCGCGGGGCCGGGGCUGCCAGCGGGGACCUGGGACGCGCUGACUGGAGACCGCGCCUGCGCGGUGCCGGCCUCGCCCGCCGUCACCCUCCCCGCGGGCCGCGCCUGCGCAGUGCGCCGGAGCUGUCAAGCGCGCCCCCCUCCACCCGCCCCGCUCCGCCACCGCCUCCCCGCGCGGCGCCGCUCGGGCCAUUUUGCGGCGCGAUGAGGCGGGAGCGGCGGUGAGCAGCGCUUGGCCCCGUCCCGCUCCUCUUCUCUCCACACCCCCCGCCUCGCCCCGCCGGGGCCCGGCCCUCCGUGCGCGGGGAGUGAAAGGGAAGGAAGCCCAGCCAGGGGGGCAGAGAGACCCCGAGCGCCCCCCGCCCGCCCCCUCAGCGCCGGCCCUCGGCGGCGCGGCGGAGCCAUGAGCUGGGGCACGGAGCUGUGGGACCAGUUUGACAACUUAGAAAAACACACGCAAUGGGGUAUUGAUGUUCUGGAAAAAUACAUCAAGUUUGUAAAAGAAAGAACAGAGAUUGAACUCAGCUAUGCAAAGCAGCUUAGGAAUCUUUCAAAGAAGUACCAACCCAAAAAGAACUCCAAAGAAGAGGAGGAAUACAGGUACACAUCAACUAGAGCCUUCCUAGCCACUUUAAAUGAAAUGAAUGACUAUGCCGGACAGCAUGAGGUCAUUUCAGAGAACAUGACCUCUCUUAUCACUGGAGAAUUAACACGCUAUGUGCAGGAGCUGAAACAAGAGAGGAAAUCGCACUUCCAUGAUGGCAGAAAGGCACAACAACAUAUUGAAACUUGCUGGAAACAACUUGAGGCAAGUAAAAGGCGGUUUGAACGUGAUUGCAAAGAAGCUGAUCGAGCACAGCAGUAUUUUGAGAAAAUGGAUGCUGACAUCAAUGUUACAAAAGCAGAUGUUGAAAAGGCAAGACAGCAAGCCCAGCUGCGACAUCAAAUGGCAGAAGACAGCAAAGCGGAAUAUUCUUCCACUCUACAGAAGUUCAACAGUGAGCAGCAUGAUCAUUACUACACACACAUACCAAACAUCUUCCAGAAAAUACAAGAGAUGGAGGAAAGAAGAAUCGUGAAGAUAGGUGAAUCCAUGAAAACUUUUGCAGAGGUCGACCGCCAAGUGAUCCCUAUCAUUGGAAAGUGUCUGGAUGAAAUAACAAAGGCUGCAGAAUCAAUUGAUCACAAGAAUGAUUCACAGCUGGUAAUAGAAGCCUUUAAAUCAGGGUUUGAGCCUCCAGGAGAUAUCGACUUUGAGGACUUCACGCAGCCAAUGAAGCGGACAGUCUCGGAAUCCAGCCUUUCCAACUCCAGAGGGGAAGGGAAGUCUGAGCCCAAGUUUGGUGGCAAAUCCAAGGGCAAGUUAUGGCCGUUCAUCAAGAAAAAUAAGUCUCCCAAGCAGCAAAAGGAACCCCUCUCCCAUCGCUUCAACGAGUUCAUGACCUCCAAACCCAAAAUCCACUGCUUCAGGAGCCUAAAGCGCGGGCUUUCUCUCAAGCUGGGAGCAGGGCCAGAAGACUUCAGCAAUCUCCCACCUGAGCAAAGAAGAAAGAAACUUCAGCAAAAAGUCGAUGAACUAAACAAAGACAUUCAGAAGGAGAUGGAUCAAAGAGAUGCCUUAACGAAAAUGAAAGAUGUGUAUAUCAAGAACCCACAGAUGGGAGAUGCAGCGAGUGUGGACCACAGAUUAGCAGAACUUGGACAGAACAUUGAAAAGUUACGAUUAGAAGUUCAGAAAUUUGAGGGCUGGUUGGCUGAAGUGGAAGGCCGGCUACCCAUGCGGACUGAACAGCCCCGGCGACAGAGCGGACUGUAUGAAGCCCAGAACACUUCAGCAGUAAACAGCUGUGCACAGGACCGGGAGAGCCCAGAUGGCAGUUACACAGAAGAGCAAAGUCAGGAGACUGAGAUGAAAGUACCUGCAACGGAUUUUGACGAUGAAUUUGAUGAUGAAGAACCACUACCCACCAUAGGAACAUGUAAAGCGCUCUAUACAUUUGAAGGUCAGAAUGAAGGAACGAUUUCUGUAGCAGAAGGAGAAAUGCUCUAUGUAAUAGAAGAAGACAAAGGUGACGGGUGGACACGAAUCCGAAGGAAUGAAGAUGAGGAGGGCUAUGUCCCUACGUCGUAUGUUGAAGUCUAUUUGGACAAAAAUGCCAAAGGUGCUAUGACUUAUAUUUAAUACUAUUAUUAUUAUUACUACUACUACUUUAUUUGCUUUUACGGAGGUAUCCAACCCUGAAACUGCUCUGUGUUGCAGAUAGAGCCUUUUAAAAGUCUGUACAAUGCCACAAGGUGCAUUAUUUCAUAUGUGGACUAAUAUGGCUUGCUGUACUGCAAAACAUGCUUUUUAUUGAUCAGAGAAGGAUAGUGUGGUAGACUGUAAAAUUGGAGGGGCAAUGCAGUCUUUCCUAGACAGUGCUUGUUCAACUGUCGCUGCACCUCCAACUUAGUGCAGGAAACACAAAGCCGUUUGGAAUAACACGGGCUUUCCUCAGAUAUCCAGGUGGCAGCUCAGACAUGUUCACAAGUCAGCUGUUUGUCCCAGACUGAUUCAGUGGAAUGUUAUAUAGGAAAUACUUAGACUGCUGUGUUGUGUCUCAGUGUGGUAGCUUUUCAGAGCCUAAUGUGUUCAGUGGAUCUUUUGGAUUGAAACCUGGUCUUCAUUUAGUUAGUGUGUUUGGAAGGGAAAGGAGGGAUCUUGCCAAAACCUGUCUAUACAGUACUCUGUGGUCCUUGAUACCUCAGUAAAACACUAAGAAAGAUCUAUUCUUUCCCACUUUGAUACAUUUCAGAAGAUGUAUUUGCUGUUUCAGAUGACCGUAACUAACGGUUUAAUCUUUUGCUCAUGCAAGAUCAAUGGAGACAUUCAGAGCUUAGACUCAGCAAUCUUCUGUUUCAUUGUUGCUUUUAACUCCUCACAAAUAGGUGUGUUGUAUAAGCAAACAGUGUUACAGGGGAAUCCUGGAUAGAGUAUAUGUUGGCACCAUGAGCACCUGGUAAUGUAAUACACAGAGAAAUCAAAAGACCUUCAUCCUAUUUCAGGAUGUGUUUGAAGUCCACUGUUAAAUAAUUUAUGUGUUUUUUCAGUCACUUAAUCCUUAGGAUUAUUGUUGUGUUUCCUAGCUUUAGAGUUCUUGGUGUGAAACAAGCUGCCUCAUCCAAUUUAAAGGAAAACUGAACCAUUCUCACUGGGAUUUAUGGACAGUAGAAAGAGAGGAGUAGGACUGUCUCUGUAAACAAACACUAUAACUUGAUCAGUUCACUGUCUUGGAUUCAGUAUUAAACUGCAGUGCCUUGCCUGCUGCAGAUGAAAGUCUGGGGUCUUGUUUUAUUUUGCCAUAAUACAGUAGUUUAAUGUUUGUGUUGGCAAAUACAGGGUCAGUUGAGAUGCAAAAGAGUGCAAAAAGCUCAGCCCCUCUGUCAGCUUUUAUUAACUUUUGAAAGAGGAGCGUGGAUUAUACAUUCUCCUUACUUCAUGUUCAGAACAAGUCAGAAAGCACAGAAUGGGAGAUCCCAUCUCUUACCCCCGUGUCCUCUCCUGUGGAGACCGACUGCUUUGUGUGUGGCAAUAGUUGAAAGCAAAGUUAUUGUUCUGCUGGAAAAUUUGUUUUUCAGCAGUGUAGGCUGCUUGAAACAGCUAAGCUAGUGUGGCAUCUAAAUCUGUCUUAAGUAACAAGCGUGGCUCUCCUGCCCUCAGAUACGCAGCGUGGUUCACAUCAGUGGAAGGUUACAGCAAAUCGCCUAUUUAUGAGCAGAGCAGCAGGUUGGAUGGGAAGUGAGAAAUCCUGACACAGUCCUGCUAACUGAACUAGCAAAAGUUUGUCUUUAAUUUACCCUUAUGGAGAGAAUAUUGCAGGAGUAUUGCAAUACCAGGCAGAAAAUUGUAUUAGUAUGUUAAUGGUAUUAUGUAAGUUACAGGAUGAUGCUGAAUGAUGGUUAAGAAUGCAGUCUGUGCUGGGAGUGGAGGCUGAUACAGCUGCAGCCAGUAUUUACCUCUUUUAUUUCUCAAUUCUCUGGUUAAAAAGAAAAGCGAAAAGAGAACUUUCCAUAAAAUGUCGCAGUAGCAGUAUGAAGAUUUGGGGGAAGGGCUACUGUGUUUAAAAGACAGACUUUGUUGUAAGCUGCAAAUUUCUCAUUUGAUUUUUAAUAUAUUAGUGGCAGUGACUUUAUUCAAUCCUUGAACCAGAAGCUGCGAUGUUCCUGAAAAUGAUACUGUAAAUACUAAAGCAUUUACAAACUUUAAUAUUUCUUUCCUCUUUUUUUGGAAAGAAACUCGAGCAGCUGGUACCUCUAAAUGUUUGUUGCACGAAGGGGGGGAGCAUUCACAGCAGCUCCGAGCAUAUUUGUGACUCUUCUAGCCUGCAGAAUCAAUUCUGGCUUGGGUGUACCUGCCUGGGCUAUGCCAGUGCCAUGGCCAGAGGCAGCUCUGCCCGAGACGUGCAACUGUUAAAUGCUUCGUGAAAAGCCGCUUGGCAGCUGGCGAGCUUUUCCAGUCAGCCAAAGCCUGUGUUGUCAGGGCUGUGCUGCCAAACCUGAGAUGAAUAGGACAGGUAAGUCGUGUGCUGCAAUCGCCCUCCUGAUCGAGUCGUCAUGGGAGCCCAGCCAGAUCCUGCAAAUACCUGUGUGAGGGCUGUUUGUAAAGUUUACAGUGAUACCUCUGGUCAGAGGGUGUUAGCAAACCUUAUCACAAAAAAGAACAGUAAUGUCUAUAUUGUUUUGCCUUU